AUGGACGCAGCCACUCUGACUUAUGACACGCUCAGAUUUGCUGAGUUUGAAGAUUUUCCUGAAACCUCAGAGCCAGUUUGGAUACUGGGUAGAAAAUACAGCGUUUUCACAGAAAAGGACGAAAUCUUGUCUGAUGUGGCCUCAAGACUCUGGUUUACAUACAGGAAGAAUUUCCCCGCCAUUGGGGGAACGGGCCCCACGUCAGACACAGGCUGGGGCUGCAUGCUGCGAUGUGGACAGAUGAUCUUUGCUCAGGCCCUGCUAUGCCGGCACCUGGGCCGAGACUGGAGAUGGGCACAGCGUAAGAGGCAGCCAGACAGCUACUUCAGCGUCCUCCAUGCCUUCAUGGACAGGAAGGACAGCUACUACUCUAUCCACCAGAUUGCACAAAUGGGAGUUGGCGAGGGCAAGUCUAUCGGUCAGUGGUAUGGCCCCAACACCGUUGCCCAGGUCCUCAAGAAACUGGCUGUGUUUGAUACCUGGAGCUCCCUCGCCGUCCACAUAGCGAUGGACAACACGGUGGUUAUGGAGGAGAUCCGUCGGCUGUGCAGGAGCCCCCCCUAUACAGGGGCUGCAGCCUGCCCCACCGAGGCUGGUCCACACUGCAAUGGGCUGCCUAUGUCAGCCACGGCCAGUGGCCAGCCAUUGCCAUGGAGACCUCUGGUGCUGCUCAUCCCACUGCGUCUAGGGCUCACCGACAUCAAUGAGGCCUAUGUGGAGACACUCAAGCAUUGCUUCCAGAUGCCCCAGUCCCUGGGUGUGAUUGGAGGGAAGCCAAAUAGUGCCCACUAUUUCAUCGGCUACGUUGGUGAUGAGCUAAUUUACCUGGACCCACACACCACACAACCCGCGGUGGAGCUGACAAGCACCUGCUGCAUCCCCGACGAGAGCUUCCAUUGUCAGCACCCGCCCUGCCGCAUGAACAUCGCUGAGCUGGACCCGUCCAUUGCUGUGGGUUUCUUCUGCAAGACUGAGGAAGACUUCAACAGCUGGUGCCAGCAAGUCAGAAAGCUGUCCAUGCUUACGGGUGCCCUGCCCAUGUUUGAGCUGGUGGAGCAGCAACCAUCCCACCUGGCCUGCCCUGACGUCCUGAACCUGUCCUUGGAUUCUUCUGAUGUUGAGCGGCUGGAAAGGUUCUUUGACUCAGAAGAUGAAGACUUUGAAAUCUUGUCCCUUUGA